AUGGGUAAGAGGAAAUAACGAAAAAAUUAAGAAGAAAACAAAAACAACAAGCAAAGUAGUGGGGAAAGGUAGAGCUAAUUUCUGGAAAAUCAGGAAAAUCAGUAGGUCAAAGGUAACUAUUAGACUCCAAACAAGAGGGACUUAUCUGGAAAGCAAGUGACUUCAGCACAGAAUAUAGACUCAAAUAAUGCUCAUAAGAUGAACCUUCUGCCUCAAAAGUAGUAGAAUAGUCAAGCCUUAAAUCAGUAAACUAACAACCAAAGAGCAUCACUGAAAGAGCAAAACAAAAUAUCCGCUUCAAGUUGUGAAAAUAAAGAUAGGCCGACAAAAAUCCAGAUUUAAAUGGAAAAAAAUAAUUAGGCCUUAUAAACUCAAUCUAAUAAGAAGCAUGAAUUCAAAGUCUAACAAGAAUCAUAGCAAUAGCCUGUUGGUGAUAAGAAUUUGAAGACUUUGCUGUAGUCUCAGAAACAAUUAGCUAAAUAACAUCAAAACUAUAAUGAAAUUGGUCAGACUAAAAACCUAUAAAAGAAUGUUUAAAAUUCUUUAAUGCUUUCUAUUGAUAACCACAAGAGAGAUUUUCAAAUUGAAGAUGAAUUUGAUAGUGGAAUAGACGAGGAUGAGUACGGAGAUGAGGAGUACGAGGAUGAACUGAUAUAAUCAGCUUUCCAAUAAAACACCAAUACUUAAACAACAUAAAAUUGCAAUUAUUACUAUGAUGAAAUUGAGGCCACCUAAUAUGCUAAAAAUAUUAAUGAAUCAGCAAUUUACUAGUAAUAAUAGAAUUAGUUAGGCAUUAGAAAUUUUAGCACUAAUAAAGGUAGAUAAUUGGUUAAAGACAUCCAGCAGCUAAGUAUGGAAACCUUAAUUCAAGGAGAUGAACAGAUUCAAUCUGAUAUUAAGUUCUGCCUCUACUGCAUAUAUAACAAUCACGACAUUUCUCAAUACUUCAAGUAGCUCCUAAGAAUUCAAAGAAGGCUUAAAGAAUGGAGCUUCUAACUUAACCCAAACAUUCUAUUCAAUAUUUUCGAAGAGAAUAUCAAAGAAUUCAUGCAUGGAAUCAGAGACAAGCUAAUAGAUGAGAUGAAAUAACUGUAGAUGAUAAAACAAAAGCCCUCAAGUAGGAGAUACUCAUUUGAUGAUUACUUCCUAAUUGAUAAAACAUUUUCAAGAAGCUACUCAUUACACGGCUAUAAUAACGAGAUUCUCAAUCAUUGCAUGAAAUACAUGCUUGAUUCAAAGUAUGAGUCCAUCAGAAAUGAUUUGAGGCAUAGAAUCUGGAGUGAAAUGAGGAAAAAUAAUGAGAUUAUUGUCUCCUUCUAUUAAUAGCCUGAUGCUUAUCAGAGAAUAUUUGAUUUACUUAUCAAGUUUUACACAAGAGUUAGAGAUUCAAUACUAGGCAUUGAAGAGAUGUGGGUCUUUUUCAUGGAAUCUGUUUUCCAUUAAGAGCUCAGAGGGAACAUGAUCUUUGAAUAGUUCCAUAAAUAGAUCUUUAAGAAGGAUAUUCUAAGUCACAGAUACGUGCAAAGUUUUCUCAAGGAGAUUAAUGAAGUCCAAGUUGAUUUAGAGAAUAGGAGAUAGAACAAUAUUCAAAAUUAGCUUGAUCCAAUCAUCGAAAACAUAAGCUAAAUUCUAUUUGACCUUGAUGAAGAUCUCAAUUUCUAGUACCCUGAGGAGACUGAGUCUUAGAAUGAUCAGAAUUAGCAAUAACCUUAAGAAACAAUAAAUCAAGAAGAUAAUUAAAAUGAGGAGGAAAUAAACCAAGAUGGGGAUGAUUGCAGCGAUUCUGAUCUAAUUAUAACUUAUCAAUAAUUACAAGAGAAAAUCAAAGUUCAAUAUGGUGGCCUAUCACUAGCCUAGCAGGUUGAGUAGUACAGCUCUUAAACUUCAAACUACCUAAAUAUCCUCCAAUCGAUUUAGCAGGACAAGCGAUGUCAAGAGUUAAUGAAGAAUCUUCCCAAUCUAGAUACAGACACUCUGUGCUACAUUAUUGAGAACAAUCUAACUCACAAGGAUUACGAAAUGAUACUGCUAUAAAAUUAAUAAAAAUCAUAAAAGCCUAUACAGAUCACUAAUCCUAAAGACUAGCCUUAAAAUCCAGAUGAUGUUAUUAUUUCCCCGUCUAAAAAUUUGAACUUUUUGAACCAGUAUUUUAAUACAGCUGGUGAAGAGGGUUAGGACUAAAAUAAUUCAAUCAGUGAGGAUGAUGAAGAUGAUGAGGCCAAAGCUGAGCGAUAAAUGGAGAAGAAAAAGAGAAAGAACAUGAAAAAGAAAAGAAAGAGAAAGGAAAAAAAGAUUAUGGCCCAGCAUUAAAACCAGUUGGAGGAGCUACUCAAACUAAAGCUGUUAGAGGAACAAUAAAAACGUGGUUUCAACAAUGAGCAGAUAAGGAGCUAACUCAGGAAAAAGUUGAUUGAGCACUUGGGCAUAGAAUAAACUGAUGUUGAUCAGUAUCUCUCUAAUUUUCAUGCUCCCGCUUAUGGUUAGAAAAAGUCAUAAUCUGUAAGUCAAAAAUAGAUUUUUUAAUCAUUAUAGGACUCAUCUCAGAAUGACUUGUAGACCAAACAAACUCAAUGCGAUGACAACUCUGAUAUUGAUGCUGAAUAAGAGCAAGAAUUUGAAAAAGAUCUUGAGCUUUUCAGGCAGAGACUUGAGUCAACUUCCUAGGCCGUCAAGUCUAUGAAGAAGGCAAAACUUGUCCCUAAUAUUCCUUAGGGGUGGAUUGAUCAGCUUAGAUAGAGACUUAAUAGUUUCUACUAGUGCUAAAGUCCUAAAUCCAGCAUGCUUGGAAAAGGAAUAAUUGACUAUGGCAAGCACUCAGACGGGCUGUGGGUAAAAUCCUAUCAGCGUAGUGCAUGA